AUGGAGGGCAAGGGGGUAAUUUUCUGCGCAAUUGUGUCGGUGCUCGGAAUAAUAUCUGCAGCCACCGGUCUUGUGGGGGAGUUCACAAGGGUUAAGGCUGAUGAUAUUACUGCUAAAAAUGAUGAAUGUGUAUAUCCAAGUAGUCCAGCUCUAGCUCUUGGAAUCAUAUCAGCCGUCAUCGCAAUUAUUACACAAAUUUACAUAAGCCUUACAGUUGGAGGUACUAGAUGUUGUUCAAAGAACCCUAAUGCGAGCCCAAUUUCGAAUUCCUUUUAUGGACUGUCACGGGCUGCUACUGUGAUAGCUGUGAUUCUACUGUUUGUAGCUGCCGCACUAAAUAAUAAAGAAGGUGGACAAGUUGACUCAUAUGGUUAUUUUACAUGUUAUGUUGUGAAGCCUGGGAUCUUUGCAGCAGGAGCUGUUUUAGCUCUUUUGAGUGCAGUUUUUGGGAUUGCUGCUUAUGUUACCGCAGCUCCACCAACUACAGAAACCACCACAAACCCUGCAGUUGCGUACCCGGUGGGUGCGAAUGUUGAUCCAGAAAAAAGUCCACUGCCUUUCCUUCCUCAGCAAUACCCUCCUCGGCAAUAAGCACAAAAUAAUUUUUAUUAGUCAACUCAUUGAGUUAAUACAAUCGAUCGAUAACCAUACGAUGUAGAUCCAAGUACGUAUUGCAGAGACGUUCAAGCUUGUUUUCGGUCAUUGAUUAGAUUGCUUGCUUCAAAUAGGAGAGUAGAUCGACUGUGUGUGAGGCCCUCGGUGUGGAGAAAAAUGUUUUGAACAAGGAUGUUGUAUGUUUUGAUGGUUUUUAAUUUUUUAU